AUAUUGCAUUUUUCUGUCCGCGCGUUGUUGCUGAUGGGCGACUCUGGGGAUCUAAAUCUGACAUCAGAUGAGAUCACUAAGCUGAAAAAAGCAUUUAAAGACCCUGAAUUUCAGAAACUAUUCAGAGAAUAUGCGGAAGAAAUAUCAGAUCCUGCUAACAAGAAAAAAUAUGAAGACGAGAUACGGAUGAUGGAAUUAGAGCAAGGGAUGGAUGUUGUAUUUGUCAAUCCUACUCCAGGACACUGUUUGAAAACGCGUCAUUGGCCAAGUGUUCCUCAGUAUCUCGAAAGUGGAAUCACUUUAAAUGCAAAAGAUGAAUCGACCCAUGAAAGUGUGAAGGUUUUCAUAAAUGUCUGCAAAUCUGACAAAGUGGAAUGUCCAGAAAUUAAACCAAUGAAAAACGAUUCAUCUAGACAAGGAGAGAGUGGUGUUUAUUGGAGUCUUCCUCAUUGCUUCACUCCACCUCGUGAAGAUAUUGACAAAGCGAAAAAGCAUGCAAUGGUUUAUGAUGUGGCAUUCAAUCCAAAAGCGUUCGAGCUAGCUAAGUCAUCCAUUGCUUUGAGAAGAUUGUUAGAUACAACAGCAGUUGAUAGUGUGCAGAAGCAAUAUAAUUUGUGCCUUGGAAAAACAUUCUCACAAGCACAACAGUUAUUCAGUUGCAGAAAAAAUAGGGAAUCAAAGCAUUCUCUAAAUGGGCCAUCCCCUACUGAUUCCGUUGGUGAGGACUGUUUACUCAAGGCUGUUCAUCUCUUAAAAGGUGUGCCCUACAAAGGCGUUUCUAGACCGACAGUAAUCAGGCGUCGCCGUUCAGAUUACGAACAACGCCAAGCUGAGAUAAAAAAACGGGAAGCUGAAGAUUUAAAGUUGUGUAGUUCUGCAGAACAAAAACAAGCAAUCAAGAUGUUAUCCUCUUUUCGUAAUUGUGGUAAUCCUGAGGGUUUGUCCGACGCGGCUAGUAAGAACGAGGAGACUGUCAAAUCGAAUAAAAUAAGUACACCUACUAAACCUGAUUAUUCUAUAACAUACAGUUCAGAUUUUGACCUAAGUAACUGUCGAAAUUCUAAUGAUGUGAAUCCUUUACGUCCACCCGAUCGUUUAAAAAUCAAUGUUAAAUUGCCUGGCUUAAGUUCCUCUUCAUGUGUUGACUUGGAAGUGACAGAAAUGCACAUACAUUUGAGUAGUCGAAAACCAAUUGCAUAUUUGCUUGACCUGAAAUUACCCUAUAAAGUGAAAGAUGCUGAAGGAACAGCAAAAUUUGAUAAAUCUACUCACACUCUAUGUAUUACACUACCGAUUGUUAAAAACGUGGAAUCAACUACUUGUAAGCCUACUGACAGUAGUAUAAAUGGUGAUGAUGAAAAAGUUGUGGAGAACGAAACGAAAUCUGUUGAAUGCAGUUCCACAACAAACACUUCUGAUCUUGAAUCAGUUACAUUAAAUGCAGCAACUCGAAAACGUGCACGUCGAAAACGUCGGAAACAACGAACUAAAGCAAAUAUUGUUACAGAAAGCUCAAUGGAUACUUCAUCUGAUGGUGGAUCUUCAGUUUCAAAAUGUCCUAAUUUUAAUCUACCCGUAUCUUCUGUUGUUGCCGUUGAUAAGUCUGUAACGCAAACAGAAAAGCAAUCUGAGCAGUUAACAAAAACGUAUGAAAAGUUGUGUGAAAAUGAGAAGAACAUAGAAAACGAAAACCAAAUUACAACGUCUCAAUUAUCUACUGUUUUCAGUUCAUCAAAUUCCCCGGGCGUUGAAAUCAAAGUAAACCAGGUUCCAAGUUGUGAAAUGAUUUUGUCCAAAGAUAGACGCUUAGCACCAGUUCGUUUUCGACAAGAUCCAUUCUCCUUAACUGUUUUACUGGAUGUGCGUGGUAUUUUGCCUAAAUCAUUCAUGAUAAAUUGGACUGAUCCUCUGCAUUUCAAAUUACCCGAUAAUACUGAUAUGCCUGAUUCAUCUUCAUCUCAGUUACUUUUACUAAUCACCUUUUCAAGUUGUGGGUCCGGUGGGUUUACUAUGGACUGGGGCAUAGUAUUACAAUGUCCGUCCUCUUCCACAACCAACAAAUAUGAAUAUACACUUAACGGUAUUACAGAUUCAUUUAACUCCUAUGAAGCCAGUGAAUCUUCCCUACGACCACAGAUAAUAUCCUGUCAUAUUUCUCCAACAAAUGGAGUUUUGGUUAUUCGUAAACCUUCGUGUAACUGUGAUAAUCUGUCUAUGAACAAGAAGUUAUUUAGUGAAAUGUUAUCAAGUCGUGCUGUUUGGUGGACAUCAGUUGCAACUGGGCGCACUUUAACAGCUGGUAUGGAAGAGUGUUCAUUUAUUGGAAUGGAAGCGUUCACACCACAUUAUAGACAAAAUAAUUUUCUACUUACCGAUGUUAAUGAAACUUCUGAUAACUGUUAUCGUGAUGGUGUUUUCUCCUCUACUCAACUGACCAAUGAAGUAUCUUCAAUCAAUAAUAGUUUAUCCUCUGAACCAUCAGUCAAUAAUCGGUUACUUCAUAAAAGUUGUACAUUGAAUCAACAAAGUUUAAAGUCUGUAAAUGUCACCUCAUUGUCAGAUAAAUGUUGUUCCAUAGAAUGGGAUCCUACUGUUGAAUUUAUAGGUUCGAAAACCGACUUAAACUGUAACCUUAUGAAAAUAAAUGACUCUUGCUUUAUAUCUAAUCAUCAGUCAAAUUUAAUAAAUCAACAUAUAACUAACGAGAAUAAUAAUGAUAAUUACAUUGUCAGACGUCUCAGGUGUAAUUCAACUCCGGGUAAUCCAGGUCAGACUGGACCAGUAUUAAAGAGUAUUUUGAAACAACGUUCAAUAUCAGAAUCUAGCGGAGAUGAAAUGACUAUUUUAGAAGGUAAUAUUUUACGUGAUGCCGGUCUGGCUAGUAAUAGAGAGCAUCCUUUAACAUCGGAUGAAUUUCCUACCGCAAGCAGUGAUGAAAAUCACGAUUCAGUACUAUCAAAAUCUGAUUUUCGACGAUGUAUAUCUAGUGAUAAAUUAUCAGGGACAAUAAGUCAAUGUUAUCCUCAUUUGCCUAUAUGUAGACAACGAGUAAGAUCAGUGAGUUUCUGUCAACGUGAUCAACAUGUAGAUUUCUCACCUAGGGAUACAGUAGAAACACUGCAUCAUACAUUGUGCAAUUUGCGGUAAGUAUAAUGUUGUCGUGAAUUUUAAUUAUUAUUCGUUGUUUGGCUGUAACCAAAGUUUAUUAGUAAACUGAUUACUGUUUUGCUUGGAGACAUCCUAGGAGUUUAGAGACUACCGUGAAUCAUUGAGUCGAAGUUUUGAACUUACUCUAUUUGUUUCUUGCUGAGUGACAGGGUAAUUUCAGUAAACGUCAAACGAUAACUGUGACCAUCUGCUUGUUACAACCACUUGAAUCAAAUUAAUAAGUUUGCGGGGGGUAUUUCAGAGGUUCAGUCAGUCUAAUCUCAACCAUUAGCUUUAUGACUCCAGUUAUUCUCUUGUUCAAUAUGGUGCGAGUUUUCAGAUUUCGCUAAUAGUCAUUACGGAAUACACUUUUAUGAACCCAAAAUCAGAUAUUGUUUAAUGUUGUUAGGAUACUAUCCUGAAAUGUAACAGAAAUUGUAGCACUAAUUUAUUUACCACAAGAGUGGUUGAAUAAAAAUGUUUAAUAAAACUUAUGAAAAAAGGGUAUUUAUACUCGGAUUCGGUUCAGUUGUUUAUUAUUGGAUUCAUCUGAUCCGGCAUACACUUUUUGCUAACUGUCCAUGCGUCCAUUCUUAUUUUUUAGUGUUUUUUGUUUUCUGUACUACAAUUCUGAGCAAUAAUGUGUAGCAUAUAACUUUUCCUCAUUAACCUGACCGUAGCUGCUAUCUUGACGCAGUGGUCGGGCUUGCCUAUCGUGCUGACCCAACCGAGCUAUAUUGGCUGGAACACAUGUUCCUGUAUGUUCUACCAUGCUAGGCAGGUCGAUUGGAGGACGGUGAGACUAAAAGCAGCAACUCAAGAUCUAAGGGCGAAGUCGUACUGCUGACUGUAGAGGGGUGUGACAGCAAUGAGGUGUUUCGCUUGGAUAACCAGCAUCUGCAGCAAUGCUGCCUUCUCACAAGGAAGGAAGGAGUUAGAAAAGUUCGACCCUAAAAAUGUCACACCCCACUUUACCUCACGGAUUUCCGUCUCCAGCGGUAAGGCCCUUUGAAGAACGGAGGUAACAGGUUAAACACUUCCCACAAAAAGGCUGUGUGCGUCCAGUCUCAAGCAGUUGUCCCUUGGGCUCUGUGGUCACGCUCCCAGGUCAUUAAGACCAACACUAAUCUGACUUCACUUUCAACGUCCUCAAGAAAUACCCUACCACAGUGUGGGCAGCUGGUAAUCGACAUCAGCCCUCAUACCCGUAGCAGGACACGAUACCAAGUUGGUCAUAAUCAAAUUCUUCCUACACAUCUUAAUAACUCUCUUAUCUCCACGACUAGCCCUUCUCACGUUCCUUUAUCACCUCGCGCCGCUAUUGCAAACAAUUCGAGUACGUGGGACGUUAUUCCCGGUCUCCUGAAAUUAUGCUCCAAACUUCAUGUAGGAGCUUUUAACGUCCGAACACUGUGCCAAAUUGGACGGUAGGUUUCCUUAGCUAGGACUUUAGAAUCUCGCGUCAUUGAUGUGUGUUGCGUCUCCGAAACGCACAUACAGGAUCCGAGUAGUGUCAUUUAUCUGACCUCACCACAUCAAAAUAAAGUGCCAUAUCGAUUCACGCCUCGUGUAUCCAGAAUUCCUGAUGCUGCUUCUACUCAAAUACAACUGGUCGAGUGAAAGCUUAUAGCGAACUAUCGUCAGAAUUGAUUACAUUAAAUGGUGUUCGUCAGAGCUCUCCAUUCUUGUUUAACUUUGUCGUUGAUGUGCUUUUAAAGAUGACACUUUCCUCAUCUAAAUUUCCAGGGGUCGAACUUCUACUGGUAGAUUCACUUGUUGACUUAGAAUAUGCUGAUGACAUAGUUCUAUUUGGUGAAGACGCUGACAAAAUGCAGAGUCUUCUGACCGCUCUAAGCAACAAUGCAAGCAUGUUCGGGAUGCGAUUCUUCCCCUCAAAAUGCAAAAUUUUACUUCAGGAUUGGGUUGCAAUUAUAGGGAGUGAAGUAGUUUAGCGUGUCGACUGCUUCACUUAUCUUGGAAGUUUCAUCAGACUUUGUUGUCUGGUAUGUGACGAAAUCUCAGCACGAAUACAGGAGGCUCAACAAGCUUUUGCCAACUCGCAUCAUUUGUGGCGUAUGCGAGGUAUCCGUUUACCAACCAAAGGACGUGUUUACUGCGCAGCAGUUCGUUCGUCCUACUUUAUGGCAGUGAAACAUGGCCGAUAAGAGUAGAAGAUAUUCAUAGGUUACUAAUUCUCGUCUCUUCCUCGGUCGGAUAAGACUAAACAAACGGUUUUACUGAUUUUCCUCAUCCUUUGUUCGUUUUCCUUCACCUCCUUUUGUAUGUAUUCUCCACUGUCAGAUCUCCCGCUCAAAUAACACGACUUCAAUGAUUGUUUCUGUAAUGCCUAUUCUCUCAUUUUCUGACGCACGUCUUGUAUUGAAACCUUGGUUGAAAGUUUUGCCAUUUCUGUCACUUCCAGUAUGUCUGUCAUCUUACUGUCAGUUCGUAUUUUCUGCUUUCUGUAAUUAGUUAUGUAAUCUAUUUGAUUGUUAUCAUUGACCCAUAAACUGAUUUGAUUGCUUUUGGUAGUUUUCAUAUAUGGAGGUAGAUAUUAUUGUAUUUUAAGGUAAAGUCCGAUAUGACAGUCUAAUUGAAAGCAAUAAUGUUCACUUAUAUAUCUUGUGAUGGUUUUCACGAUCGGAACUUCUAACAUUUAUAAUGUGUUCGUACUUUAAAAGAUCAUUCGUUGUGGAGGAUGUUACUUUUUUUAUCGAUAAUUCGUUUCACAGGAAAAAUCUCCGCAAACGUGAUGCUCGCCGUCAUCGUGCAAGUGGUGGGAAUUCAAAACAAUCGGAAAAUGGCAAAAACGCGCCUUCUAAAACGAGAGUUGAUAUUAAUACUCCUACACUUAGUACAUACAUAUCUUCAAACGGUUCAUUGUCUUCGUCGAUUGAAGUUGACCAUUGCAGCAAGAAUUCCAGUUGCUUGGUUUCGGAACAAAACAAUCCUAAUUCAACUGAAUCUAUUCGUACAAGUACAUUUCACGAUUCCUUCACUCUUCAUGAAUCAAAAACUAAUAUCCCUGUACAUUCUCGUUCUGAUUCUGAUAGUGAGAACUUACCUAUUUUACAUUCCGAAUCCAACCACUCGCAGUCAUCAAGUUCCAAAGUUAUUUCAAAAUGUGAUGAGAAAACUUCCGAAACUGUUCCCCAAAACCCUGAAACUAUCGAUGCUGAUGGUAUAACAAAUAGUAACUUUUCAGCUGUUCACUUAACUGCAUCACCAAUUUUAGAGUUAGAUGAAGAAUGAAUUUUUU